UGAAGUAUGAUAAGGGCCAAUGGACCUCUUCCGACGUAUCUUCUUAAGAUGGACCAGGUCCUAGUCACUAAAAAACAAUGUGAAGAUGGCAACAGAGGAAUGAAGAUAAAUGAUAGCCAUUUGUGUGCAUACAAUCAGCGUGGAAUCGGCGCUUGCCAGGGUGACAGCGGCGGUCCACUUGUCUGCAAAAACCGACAGUACGGUAUCACUUCCUGGGUUCUUCCUUGCGCUCGCGGUGUUCCUGAUGCUUACACCAGCGUCUAUCAUCAUUUGGCCUUCAUCCAAAGCUCAUAAAUGAUAUACAGAUUUUGGCACAAUAUGGAGGCACAAUAUGAAUCGAUUUAAUUAUGUCAACUCACCGCGUCAACGUAUCAAAAGAACAGCCCGUUGUGAUAUUCGAGCAAAGCGCAACAAUACAUCGGUUGCAUUUUCAAAAUACAUGAAACUCUUCUGUAUUUGUUCUUCUUCUACUGUGAAUAAAAUAAAUAAUCAGCACUUUUAAAUCUA